AGCGCCAGCUGUCAGAAGCUAGCGACACCUGCAGCUUUUCUAGCUCGUUGUUUUUAGAUUUUAAUGGAUUUUUACCUGGUCUAGACUCUAUUGUACUAUACCAUGAAAUUAAUUCAAAUUGUCAUUGAAUGAGAAGUCGCACAAAUAUUAGUUUUGUCUUCUCUAUUGCCGUUUUAUUGCGCUGUCCCCUGAAUUGAGUUAGCUUCAGCUAGCUAGCUUGUUGUUAGCUGCGGACAAAUCUGGAACGGACAGGUUUUGCUCCGCAGACAGCUUCUCUUGUCUUGUUUGGAAGUCAUUGUUCAUCGGUGGGAAAGCUUUAUCAUCUGCAAGGACUGUAAUAACUAUGCGGCUUUUAAACAACGUUCUGCAAACACGUAUUGAUCUAAAUGAUGCUUUUGCAGAAUUAUGAAUUUAAAUCUGGGACUUUGGCUGUGAAAAACAUUUAAGGUUUAGGAAAGUCACCCGAAUGUAUUUUAUCUUAAUUAACCUCAUCGGUUAUAAGUGUGUUUAUCAAUUGCGUGGUACAGUAACAAUUCAUUGUCAAAGAGGCUAGCGUCGGUUUAACUUUGCAAACAUGGAUAAGAAAUCCUUUGACAUUGUCUUGGAUGAGAUAAGAAAGUGCGUUCUGACCGACCAGCGCAUCAGAGCCAUAGAGCAGGUGCAUGGAUAUUUCUCCAGUGAACAGGUGAUGGAUAUACUCAAGUACUUUUCAUGGGCAGAACCUCAGAUCAAAGCAGUUAAAGCUCUGCAGCACAAAAUGGUUGCAAUACCUACAACCAAGGUUGCAAAUAUCCUCAAUUGCUUCACCUUCUCAAAAGACAGACUGAUUGUCCUGGAACUGAUAGCUUUAAACAUUUCAGAUGCUCAAAAUUAUCGUCCUGUGGAGGAUAUGUUUCGGAUACACUUGUCUGAGAAGAAGCGUGCGCGUAGGAUACUAGAACAGGUCUGUAAGGUUGGUUGCAAGGCUCCUGUAGCCAUGAUCUCUUCCUGUGGAAUAAUACCAGGAAAUCCAUACCCAAAAGGCAGACCCAGUUUGGUUACUGGCACAUUUCCUGGAAUCCCUCCAGUCAAAAAAGAAGUCGAAAAGAAAGAAGACAACUCCAACAGUAUGGAGGGGAAAGGAAUUGCUUCCCGGAUUGUAGGACCUUUCAAACCCUUUCCGUCAACCUACAAUCCUCAUCGACCCGUUCCUUACCCCAUACCGCCGUGCAGACCCCAUGCCACCAUCGCACCAAGUGCGUACAACAACGCAGGCCUUGUUUCUGUGGGAGGGGUUAUAACAGCCAGCGUGCCCCCUCCCCCCUACAGCUCCGCCCACAAAGUAGCAGGUUACAACAAACCAGGCAAUCCACACAUCACCACUCCUGGAGUCAACAGCGGGCCCCUCCUCAUUCCUCACGGUUCCACGGCUUCGACCCCCGCGCCCCAGGCUUCCCCCGCCCAGCCGCUUCCAACCACUCCCAUCACGCCAGUUUUCCCUGGCAUGGUGCCCUCUCACAAUCCCAGCGCCCCCUCUCCCUCCCCUGCUCCUUCCCCAUCCGUGAUCAAGGCGGGACCACAGACCCCCAGCGGCCAUGCUACACCUACACCCUCAUCCGUCAUUAAAGCCCACACCCCCUCAGGCACCCCUUGUGGAACUCCCGUCCCCGGCAGCGGGGGCUUCUCCCCCUCUCCCUUCCACGUCGUUUCUCGACCAGGCACCCCUGCCACUUCCCGCAGUGGUCCGGAUUCCCUGUCGCAGACGAACUCCAUGGGCUCCGCUCUGCAGAAGGCUUAUUCUCAGUCCGCAGACCACCAGUCAGGACCCGCGUUCCCUGGCAUGCACCCACAAACAGGUAACCCCUCUGGGUCCGUGAUACGAAGUUACACGCCCUCUGGGUCGCAGCCUCUCACUCCCGGCUCUUCCACUCCAGCUAUUCCGAACUGUUCCACCCCAGGCCUCAGUCCCAAACCCCCCCACAUGCAUUCUGCGCAAGCCCAGGCCGUCAUGGCCGGAGCCCUGAGCCGACAUCACGGGGGUAGCGGCAGCGGCAGUAACAGCCCGGUGCCCUCCGCCUUCAAGGGCACGUCUCGAUCCGGCACGCCGUCCGUCAGCUCCCUGAUGGCGCCGGGUUCGGCACAAGCCGCCCUGGUGCGUUCCUUAGGUUUGUCGCACCCCUCAGGUUCCCCUCAAGUCUCCCUCCCUAGUCCGGUUGCCAUCGCCGGCCUUCAAGCACUGUCUUCAAGCCCAUCGCCCUCUCAUUACCCAGGCCUGUCCCCUUUUUCUUCCCUUUCGUCCUCCCUCCCUCCUUCCAGCAUUCCUUCGACCAUGCCCACAAUGCCUCCGGCCAGCAACAUUUCUAACCACCCAACGACCUCCAUCUACCCGGGCUUGGCGCCCAACGCCGCCCAAAGCGCAGGCUCGCCUUUUGGUCUAGGCCUCACCUCUGCCCCCUCUAUAUUCCCAGGCCUCGCGCCUGGUCCCAGCCCCACUGCCUUCCCCGGACUAGGCGUGUCAGGGGGGCAUGGUGCCGGGAGCCCUGUGCUGUCUUCGUUCAUGGGACUGCCGGGGGCGACCCCGUCUUCAGUGGCAUCAGUCGCGCCUCUCCAGGCAGCAGCGGCUGCAGCGGCUGCAGCAGUCGGGGUUCCAUCAUCGUCACCAGUUCUGCCAGGUUUCGCUUCAGCGUUCAGCUCAAGUUUCCAGCCUGGGUUGAGCAGUGGACUCCAACCCCCAGGAAGCAGCGGUUUCCCCAGCUUGCUGUCUUUCCCCGGGGUGCCCGGCUUCUCUCCCUCUGCCUCUCCAGCCGCGCUCGGUGGCCUCCACAACCCAACCAUGCAGUCUGCCCUGCUGCAGGCUCAUCCCACAUCCGCUUUAGAGAGCUUUCCUCCUCAACCCAACAGUUUCACCAACUACACUCCCGGCCCAGGAAACCCCUUUCCCCUCCAACCAGGCCUGCACCCCCAGCUGGGUUGGCAGUGAAGCCUACUAAACAUUGAGUAGACCUACCUUUUGACCCCGGUGGUUCACCCAGACUUAACCCAGACGAUUACAGGACAGAGAACAGAUCAAAGACUUUCAUAACUGUGUAUUUUACAGGAAGAACGACUCACUGAUGCAAAGAACACUACCCUGGUAAAUUUGAAAUGCUUCGUUGAGGAGAAGGCAUAUUUGUGAUUUUAUUCAUCGUGAACUUGUAAAUAUCAGUUGUCGGAGUUGUUAGCUUUCACGAGUAGACUGUAACUGGUUUUAAUGUUAGAAUGACUUUGCCCACUUUUAACCAAGCUUUUGAACUUUCAUUGAUAAAUAAUGAAUUAUGGAAAUUUAGAAAAAACCUACAUGAUAUCAUGCAAUGAAUCAUCAGUAUUCUUCAUGUCCAGGCUCAGAGGAAAGGACACAAUUAUGAAAUGGUUCCCCUGAACCUAAUAUAGUUCAUCGACGGGAUAUUUUUUGUGUGUGUGUGUGUGUGGACAUGCCAUAAAUACUUCAAAUCCUCAUGAUGUGUCAGGGAGUGUUUUACACAAAGCAAAACUUGCAUUUGGCAGCUCUACUCAUGUUUUAGUUUUAUCUUUCGUUUGACGCAUUUGUGGCAGCAAUUCUCAUUUUGUAUGUUUACGAAGUUCUCUGUACGGAUGCGGUACUGCUAGUACGCAGCACUACUGCAGAGCAGACGUGGCGUGUGCGUCUUAUGAUUCAUACAUGAGACACGUGUGACUAACUUCGUUUUCUACACACCCGAGCAGUACUCUGUCCCACAGGGUCGACUCAGAAACAGUUACCCCUUAUUGUUUCAGAGUAAUAGACAUUUAGUUUUUUACGUUGUGUUGUUCCUGUUUUGCUUGUUUUGUAUUUGCACCUGUUUUUGUUUUUUUUGUUUGUUUGUUUUUUUUGUUUGUUUUAUUUUCAAUGAACUGCUGGUUACUGUAGAUGUUACUGUAUCUGUAGUCAAUGUGAUGCCAUAACUAUCAGGCACUUCUUGAAUAAAAAAAAAAAAAAAACUGGAGCUGGACAAGU